ACGUACCACUAGCAGAUGUACCAACUUAAAGAGAAAAUAAAUCAAACAAAUUAUUAUUUUUUAUUUGCCUAUCGCAAUCAUAAAUUUAUUUUCACGUAUUUCUAAAUGGAUCUCAUAAAAUUAAUUACUGACCCGAAAACCAUCUCGUCCACGUGUUUCUUAUGUUUCAAAUUGUGUGACAAUGGUACUAGUGUAUACGAUAUUGUUGAUAUCGAAGAUAAGUACGAAAAUUUUGCCGUAAAAACUUCAUUAAUUAACGUUAUAGAAUAUUUAUUUCCUUUUCAAGAUAUCAUUUUCAGCAAGGCAUGUGUUGACUGCAUUGGAGACUUAAAAAAGAUUUACUGCAAAUUUCAACUGAGAGAUGUGAAAAUGGAAAAUUUUAGUCAAGUUGUGAAUAUCAUAAAUAAAAAAAUACCCACAAAGAUACCGGCCUCAAAGAAAAUAAUCAAGAUAUCCUUAACAGAAAAACAAUCAAAACUCAAAAAUGUUAAAAAUAAGGCAAAAAGUAGCAAUAUUGCAUUAGGAAAAAUAUUAGAUGAGCACCAGUAUGCCAAAUUACAUUUGAAUUCCAAUGAAAAUAAUUUAGAAAGUGAAAUAUGCUACAUUUGUGCUAAGCUCUGUAAAACUCCUAAGGCACUGAAAGUCCAUCUGAACAGCCAUGAAGACAAAACAUGUCCAUAUUGCCAGAAGGUUUUAAAAUCCAAUUCAUACUUCAAUAAACAUGUUCAGGGUCACAUCACAAAUGUCAAAAAGAAACGUAAAAUAAUUCACUAUUAUUGUGAUGUUUGUCCAUACAAAACUAUAAAUAAAAGGGAUUUAAAAUGUCAUAACUAUAAAGCUCAUUUGCACAUCAGACCGUAUCAAUGUGAGAAUUGUCCAAAAAGUUUUUACAAGAAGAGUAAUCUCACAGAACAUUUAUUAAUUCAUGAUAGAUCUAAAAGGUUUAUUUGUGAGCUUUGUGGAAUUCAUUUCUCAGUGAAAAGGUCAUUGAUCCAACAUCUAAUGCUGCAUGAAGGUAGAAGGGAUUACGAAUGUAAGUUUUGUAAAAGAAAAUUUGUAUCCAAUAGCCGUAAGAAUGAACAUAUUAAGAGAAGUCAUUCAAAUAAGUGUCAUAACUGUCCAUAUUGUUCAAAGAAGUUUGCUAUACGGAAGGAUAAAAUUAAUCAUUUGAAGUUGGAUCAUUGGGAUUUGUUUUCAGUAGAUGACAAUUUUCUCUUACUUGAUUGUUUAUAAAAUUUGUAUUGUACAAAAUACAUAAUUUUAAUUUAUUUCAGUUGUAUAAGUCUUGGAAGGUUUAAUAUAUUCCAAUGGGAAGUGAAAAAAAAAUUCUAAUAAAUUCCGUGAAUAUUUUUUUGUAUUUUUGAUAUUUUUAUCAUUUAUUACAAAAGGAAUUUAAUGUAUGCCUUGUACAAAGUUGUCUAUGAUUUAUGGGUUGUUCAAAGUAGAUGUCUUUUCAUAAAUAAAAGCUAUUUAUUUUUUAUGUAAUUGCCUUGUAGGUGCUUCACAUGUGGUAGAAAAUAUAUUAUAAUUAAUUAAGUAUAGGUUAUGUUAGUAAAUAAACUUAGAGGUGUUGUUAAUGUAAGGAUGUUAAUAACAAUUAGAAAUAAAAACAGUACUGUAGCUUAUAUUUUUUAUUUUAUUAAAAAAUAAGG